CACUUGUCAAUUGUCAUGAGGGUUUAUGUUGUGUAUUGAUUCAAAUCAAUUAUUUUCAGAUUAUUUAUAAUAAUUUAACAUAAAAAUGGUUAUUUACGGUGUUUAUAUUGUUAGCAAAUCCGGUGGUUUAAUAUACAACUAUGACCAUAACAUUCCUCGGGUAGAGACUGAGAAAACGUUCGGGUUUCCUCUCGACAUUAAAUUACAGUAUGAAAAUAAGAAAGUAGUUGUAGUUUUUGGACAAAGAGACGGAAUAAAUGUGGGCCAUGUUUUGCUCUCAGUGAAUGGUUGUCCGGUUAGUGGGCGUACUACAGAAGAUGGCAGAGAUGUAUUUGACGUUAUAGAAGCCAAGGAAAAUUACCCAUUAAGUCUGAAGUUCGGGCGCCCUCGUGCGACGACAAACGAGAAGAUAGUCCUGGCCAGCAUGUUCUACCCACUGUUUGCUCUGGCCAGCCAGCUGAGUCCUGUGCCAAAAUGUUCAGGAAUUGAAUCACUAGUAGCAGACACCUUCAAACUUUCUUGCUUUCAAACAUUAACAGGUGUAAAAUUUAUUGUAGUCACUGACACCAACAUGCAAGGCUCUGAAGUGGUCCUGAAAAGGAUAUACGAGCUGUACUCAGACUAUGCUCUCAAGAACCCCUUCUACUCACUGGAGAUGCCCAUCCGCUGUGAAUUGUUCGACACAUCUCUGCACACCUUACUGGAGUUAGUUGAAAAGUCAGGGACUGCCAAUUUAUAGUCACUGUUAUAAUAAGAUAGGUGUAAAUUAUUAUUAUUAAUUAUGUAAUAAAGAAAUACUUGUUUUAUAUAAUACAUUAUUGCAGCUUUGCUCAUUCUUGA